CAGACCUCGCUGUAUCGUAUUCCACCUCGCAACAGGCGAAAACACACCGGAAAUGUCGUCGCCGACACAGAGACGCUCAACGCGAGGGAGCGCGAAUAAUACCCCUCGCCGUUCACAACGCGGCUCGCAGGCCCCACGGUCUUCAGAACCACCCGCCAGCGACCCGCCCCUCCCCGAAGGAGAAGACCUGCCAGACGCGCAAUUGCAAUCGGAAGCCAAUGCAGCAUCAUCGCAGAGAGGGACACCGAGGACUACACAGAAUAGCAAUAGCCAGAGCCAAGCUCCUCCCGCCAGCAGUCCGUUGUUCUUCAGGAGCUCGCCUGCGGGAAGUCAAUCGCAGUCGCAAAGCCAGAGUUUGGGAGUGCCAGCGAGAGGCAGUGUCAAUGGUAGCAGCCCACUGAAGCAGCGAACGGAUGCAAACACACCUGCUGGAUUUAGCAGCGAUGGAGGAAGAACGCCUAGGGCGAAUGGUGGCAUUGGUGAUUCAUCGCCGAUUCAUUAUGCGACAAGUUCCGAUGCUGCAGGUCCAGUUUCGAACGGUCAGCGCCAGCACGGAACGAGCUCUACAGGACUGUUCGUUCGAUCAGGAGGCAUAGGCAGUCAGUCCAACGCAAGAGAAAGACGACACGAUAUCAACUCAGAUCUGCUGGAGAACAGCGGGCGCCGAAGACAGCUUUUCGUCGACGAGAACGGUGCACCAGUGCAGGGAGAAUCGGACGCGAAUACCUUCUCCAACCUCAACCCAGACACAUCAGAUGCUGCUGCGCUUGGAGGCCGUGGAACCAGGCUCAUCUGGGGUACCAACAUUUCCGUCACUGAUUCGUGGUCUGCUUUCAAGGAUUACUUGUACAACUUCCAGAAGAAAUACCGUAUGCUUCAGGAUGGCGAGCUUAUGGAGGGAGAAUAUGUGGCGCCCGGAGAGCCUGCCGCUGAGAAAGAGGCCCUUGCACAACUGGAGACUAUGCUUGAGUUGGGAACAAAGUGCUUUUAUCUGGACUGCAGGAAUCUCAAGUCAUAUCCAGGCACAAGGAAGCUGUGGCAUCAGCUGCAAGCCUACCCAAGCGAACUGGUUCCGCUUAUCGAUUCCGCUGUGAAGGAUACGCUACUCGAGCUUGCAGAGAAGAAGAUGAGCGAGAGGAGAUCGCAGGCUUCGCAGCAGAAUGGCCAAGACCGUGCGAGAGACUCUAGCUCUAUGCCACCAAUGCCCAGCUCAGAUGUGGACAACGAUAUGAAUGGCGAUACUCCAAGACCGACACAGCAGAGCGCAUCUGAUGAGCAGGAUCUCUAUGCUGAGGUCGAGAGCUCUUCGUACCGUGUACGACCAUUCGGCCUCGACAGGAAUAUCAAUCUGCGAGAGCUGAACCCCAAAGACAUGGAUCAGCUGGUCUCCGUCAAAGGUCUGGUUAUCCGAACAACGCCAAUUAUCCCAGAUAUGAAGGAUGCAUUCUUUCGCUGCUCUGUCUGCCAUCAUACAGUCAAGGUCGACCUUGACCGCGGCAAGAUUGCUGAACCUACGCGAUGCCCGCGCGAGGUCUGCAGUGCUAGCAACAGCAUGCAGAUUGUGCACAAUCGUUCAGGCUUCGCCGACAAGCAAGUUAUCAAGCUCCAAGAAACACCUGACUCCGUUCCUGAUGGUCAGACACCACAUUCAGUCAGCUUGUGUGCCUAUGAUGAGCUUGUCGAUGUCUGCAAAGCUGGAGACAGGGUUGAGAUCACUGGUAUCUUCAAGUGCAACCAAGUUCGCGUGAAUCCACGCCAGCGAUCAGUCAAGAACAUCUUCAAGACCUACGUCGAUUGCUUGCACAUCCAGAAAGUUGACAAGAAGCGAAUGGGCAUCGACACAACGACGAUCGAAGAGCAACUUGCUGAACAAGCUGCUGGGAGCAUUGAAGAGACUCGUAAAGUCAGCGAAGAGGAAGAGACCAAGAUCAAGGAAACUGCCGCCAGGCCUGACGUUUACGAACUCCUUGCACGAUCGCUUGCCCCAUCAAUUUAUGAGAUGGACGACGUCAAGAAAGGCAUUCUCCUGCAGCUGUUCGGUGGCACGAACAAGAGCUUCGAAAAAGGUGGUUCGCCUAAAUACCGAGGAGACAUCAACGUCCUGCUAUGUGGUGACCCGUCGACAUCGAAGUCGAAGAUGCUGGAGUACAUCCACAAAAUUGCUCCUCGUGGAGUGUACACAUCAGGCAAGGGCUCUUCUGCUGUGGGUCUCACAGCCUAUGUCACCCGCGACCCAGAAACGCGAUCUCUGGUUCUCGAAUCUGGUGCCCUGGUCCUCUCUGAUGGUGGUGUCUGUUGCAUCGACGAAUUCGACAAGAUGUCAGACGCUACUCGCUCAGUGUUGCACGAAGUGAUGGAACAGCAAACUGUUUCCAUCGCAAAGGCUGGCAUCAUUACCACGCUCAACGCCAGAACGUCCGUUUUGGCUUCUGCUAACCCCAUUGGCAGCAAGUACAAUCCAAACUUGCCUGUACCGCAGAACAUUGAUCUUCCUCCGACAUUGUUGUCACGUUUUGAUCUUGUCUACCUGGUACUGGAUCGUAUCGAUGAAUCUGCAGAUCGCAAGCUCGCUCGCCAUUUGGUCGGCAUGUAUCUUGAGGACAACCCGGAUAAUGCAAGCAGAGAUGAAAUUCUGCCUGUGGAAUUUCUGACAUCCUACAUCUCCUAUGCUCGCUCAAACAUCCACCCAAAGAUCACACAACCCGCAGCAGAUGCCUUAGUCAAGUCGUAUGUUGCCAUGCGUAAACUGGGUGAAGAUAUCCGAGCUUCGGAACGCCGGAUCACAGCCACAACUCGUCAACUCGAAUCUAUGAUUCGCCUAUCCGAAGCUCAUGCAAAGAUGCGACUUUCGGAGACUGUCGAUGAAAGCGAUGUCGACGAAGCUGUGCGUCUGAUCCAAUCAGCUCUCAAGCAAGCUGCUACAGAUGCCCGCACAGGUCUCAUCGACAUGGGGCUAUUGACCGAGGGCACAAGCGCGAGCGAACGGAAGCGGAAAGAAGACCUCAAGAAUGGUGUGCUAUCGGUGCUGGAUGAGAUGCUCAGAUCUGGCGCGCAGAGCGCGAGGUAUGGAGAAGUCGUGAGGACGAUGACUGAGCAGAGCUCUGUGCCAAUUGAAGGGCAAGAUUUCGCGGAGGCUAUCAGGAGCUUGGAAGCUGAAGGGAAAGUCCAAGUGCUCGGUGAAGGUGCCAGGAGAAGCAUCAGGAGGAUCACGGGAAUUGCAUGA